AUGAGCGUUGCUACCGAUACGAAAUCCGCAGUUAAUACUGAAGACAAUUGGAAAGCCAAUCUUAACAUCCCUGACAAGGAUAGACGCUUCAAGACCGCUGAUGUCACCGAUACUAAAGGAGUCGAGUUUGAAGAUUUCUGCUUGAGCCGUGACUUGUUGAUGGGAAUCUUCGAGAAAGGAUGGGAAAAACCUAGUCCAAUUCAAGAAGCUUCCAUCGGAGUUGCUCUCUCUGGUCAAGAUAUCUUGGCUCGUGCCAAGAACGGAACUGGAAAGACUGGAGCAUAUUGUAUCCCUGUUAUCGAAAAGAUUGAACCUUCCCUUAAUAAGAUCCAAGCUUUGAUCAUCGUCCCAACUAGAGAACUCGCCCUUCAAACAUCUCAAAUCUGCAUUGAGCUUUCCAAGCAUCUUAAGCUUAAGAUCAUGGUCACUACUGGAGGAACUGAUCUCCGUGAUGAUAUCAUGCGUUUGAAUGGACCUGUUCAUCUCGUCAUUGCUACCCCUGGUAGAAUCUUAGAUUUGAUGGAGAAGAGCGUUGCUGAUGUCACCAAAUGCAAGACAUUGGUUCUUGACGAAGCUGACAAAUUGCUUUCGCAAGACUUCCAGGGUAUCCUUGAUCGUAUGAUCUCUUUCCUUCCAAAGGAGCGUCAAAUCAUGCUUUAUUCUGCUACUUUCCCCAUGACUGUAACUGAGUUCAUGAAGAAGCACAUGAGAAAGCCUUACGAGAUCAACCUGAUGGAGGAACUCACUCUCAUCGGAGUCACCCAAUACUACGCUUACGUCCAGGAGAAACAGAAAGUUCACUGUCUCAACACCUUGUUCAGAAAGCUCCAAAUCAAUCAAUCUAUCAUCUUCUGUAACUCUACUCAAAGAGUAGAGCUUCUUGCUAAGAAAAUUACCGAGAUAGGAUACUCCUGCUAUUAUAUCCAUUCCAAGAUGGCUCAAAAUCAUCGUAACCGUGUUUUCCACGAUUUCCGUCAAGGAAACUGCCGUAACCUUGUUUGUUCUGAUUUGCUCACUAGAGGUAUUGAUAUUCAAGCCGUUAAUGUUGUUAUCAACUUCGAUUUCCCAAGAAACGCUGAAACUUAUCUUCACAGAAUUGGACGUUCUGGACGUUUCGGUCAUUUGGGAGUUGCUAUCAAUCUCAUCACUUAUGAAGACCGUCACACUCUUCGCCGUAUCGAGCAAGAGCUCCGUACUCGUAUCGAGCCUAUUCCAAAGUCCGUCGAUCCCAAGCUAUACGUUGCCGAUCAUCAACUGGUCGAUGAUGACGAUGUCAAGAUGCCUUAA